AUGCUGAAGGCUGCCAGACAGCUGUGGUCAGGGCCCAAGCCUGUGGAGAUGUCUUCAGAAGGAGCUCCACCACCAGCUGCCCAGCUGGCUUCCAUUUUCCCCCAAGUGAAGGCUUGCUCAGGCCAACGUGCUUCUUCUGGGGAGAAAAGCCUGGCCAUCACACAAUCCAGGCCUUCGCUGAAUGACUCCUCCUGUAAUCCCCAGAGUGUUUACCAGAACUACCGACGUUGGCAAUGCUUGAAGUCUCUGGCCUGGAGGUACCAUCCCCAAAGCCCUGAUACAGAAGCUCUUUUCUGCUUUCUCAUCCCAGUCCUGCGAUCCUUGGCUAGACUGAAGCCCACCAUGAUCCUGGAGGAGGGACUCUGGUGGUCUGUACAGGAAUGGCGGCGCAAAAGCAAUUUUGACCGGAUCAUCUUCUAUGAGAUGGCAGAAAAGUUCAUGGAGUUUGAGGCAGAGGAGGAGUUAGAGAUUCAGAUGUUGCAGCAGAGGAAUGUGUCUGUCUGCCUGCCUCCUCCAGCUCCACGCAAUGUUGAUCCUCAGGGGCCUUCAUCCACUAUGGUUGUCCAGCGUCCGGUGUUCAUUCCAAAGAAGGGAGUUUCCAUGGCACAGCCCCCUAAGCAACAUCGACACAGAACCGAGCACCCUUGGGAGCCCAAGCGGUCCCAUGAAAUCCCUCCCGAAGCCGUCAAAGAGUAUGUUGAGAUCAUGGAAGAUCUCCUUGGAACUGCCCAUUCAGCCACUGUGGAGCCAGAUGGAAAAUAUGAAGAAGAAGAAGAAAAUGAGCAACAACAGGAAGAGGAUGAGCUGUAUCCAGACCCGGGACUCCUGAGCUACAUUGACAAGCUGUGUGCACAGGAAGCACUUAUCACCAAGGUGGAAGCAGUUAUUCACCCUCAAUUCCUGGAAAUGUUACUAUCACCAGAAUCACAGGUAGAUCCCCUGUCCUUAAGGCAGGAGCUGGAUGAAGAGGAAAGACUCACUCUCACUCAGCUGGUAGAGAAAAGAAUGCUGGAAUUGAAAGGAAACGUGGGUGUGGAGGCAUCCCCAACUUACGGUGUGCCAACCAGGGAGUCACCGUGUACAGAGUCUGGGAGCAGUCAAAAUGCAGGGAGCACAGAUAACCACAACAGCCAACUACAGAUGAGCAAGAAAACGAGCACAAAAAAGUUGGAUGCAGAUGACCUGCCAAAAGAUGGCAGCAGGUACAGUCAUCUGUCUACGUCAAAAGAACUUGCUCUCUUUACAUGGAGUCCCAUGUCACAGGAACUUAAAUCUGAACAAUCAACUUCUCCUCAACGGCACCCUAGUCGCACCUACCCUAGAUUGGGAAACAGAGGAACCUUAAUGUCCUUAGAAGCCUCUUGUAUUAGUGAAACACCUGGGAAAGGAGAAGGGUGCAGUGAAGAAGAAAAGGAAGAGGAGGAACUCCCCAGCCUUGACUUCCUCUUGGCAUCUCAAGAAAGCCUACUGCCCUGGAGUCUUUCCAAGAGUCCUCUCCCUGCCUCCAGCAUUCUGCACCAUGGAGUUCGGGGUACCUGGGGAGCAUCCCAGCUCCGAUCUCCGGAGACAGGUCUGAGGCCUCCCCUGGCACAGCCCAGCCCAGCCGCGAGACCUACCCUUAGAGACCCUGCCCUCCCUGCUCCUGCCGCGCGCCUCCCUGAAGGUGACCUUCUGCAACUGACGCCUGAGGCCGUUAGAGGGCGGCAGUUCGCGCGCCCCAGAGCCCUGUCCCGGGAGGUGGUGCGCAUGCGUGAGCUCCUAAAGCAGGGCGGGCUUAGCCUUGCACCUUGA